UGACAACCACUGCUGCAGUAGCAUCUUCAACCCAUAGUCAAAUCGGGAAAGCAAAAAUGCGGACACACCUUCAGUGUAGACGUCAUAACAGCGGAGCUUUCUUAUCAGCGUUGUUGCUUUUGACAUUCAACGGUGUGACGUCGUCACCGUCGCCGGGUGGACAUACAACCAGUUUUGAGCAGCUCUUCUCAACUGAUCCGAAUAAUGCGACCUUCACUCCACUUUGCGAUGAUGCGCAAUUGCGGAAUGUGGCACAACAGGUUGCACAGCUCAAGAUUUCUAGUGAGAAUAUUUUCCUACUGCUGGACUCAUACAAUUUGAGAUUGGAUUACAUUAAAACGUUGUUGGAUGAACGUUUACCAGAGGUAAAGUCCAAUCCGCAUUGGAUUGAUGUGCGUGGUGGUGGCGAAUCUAUAUCCUCAACACAUACAUCAACUGGUGGUGUAGUUUUCCCGACCAUAAGUACACAAUCUUCCGCCAGUGGUGCAAACAUACCGGCUGCCAGUUCACAAUCUUCAGCGGGUGGCGUCGACUUGCCUGUUAUUAGUACACAGUCCUCUGCCGGUGGUGCUAAUAUACCGGCUACUGAUUCGCAAUCAUCUGCUGGUGGCGCCAACGUGCCCGCUACUGAUUCACAAUCAGCAACAGGUGGAUCAGACAUUGCUCCGCCCACCACUGAUGCACAAACUUCAUUCAAGUCGGGUUUAUAUGGUGCCCUUUGUCCUUACAGCAAUCCCGUAUUGGCGCCCACCUGCGCAGAGGCCGUGAAACGCGCAGGUGCUAAUGCUAAGAGCGGUAUCUAUCACCUCUAUUUGCCUGAUUCGGGUUUAAAACCUUUCUAUGCCUACUGUCUGCUUGAUACCAAUGGCGGACCAGCCUGGACGGUGGUGCAGCGGCGUCAAGAUGGUUCGAUUUCAUUCCAUCGCCAUUGGAAUGAAUAUCAAGCGGGUUUCGGUAAUUGGAAUGGUGAAUACUUUAUCGGCUUGGAACGUUUACAUGGCAUAACACAUGCAACGCUCAACGAGUUGUGGGUGCAAAUGGAGGACUUCGAUAACGUAACGCGUUAUGCCCGUUAUGACAAUUUCGCUAUUGGCGAUGAGCAUGAAGCAUAUGCAUUGAAUAUGCUUGGCAAAUUUGAGGGAAAUGCAGGGGAUUCUUUGCGCACGAGUCAAGGUCAAAAGUUCAGCACGAAAGAUGCCGAUCAUGAUAUGUGGGAUCGUAAUUGCGCAGAAGUAUAUACGGGCGCGUGGUGGUAUAAUGCGUGUCAUGAUAGUAAUUUGAAUGGGCAGUACUUACGUGGCAAAUACAGUAAGGAUAAGUAUGGCAAAGGUAUCGAUUGGACACACUGGCAUGGCCAUGAAUACUCUCUAAAAUAUGUGCAUAUGGCUGUCAGACCUGUGCAAUGAAAAAAUGAAGUCUGAAAAUGGAUCAAAAUUAGCAUUAUGUUACUUCAUUAUCAUAUACAUAUAUAUAUUUACACACAUACAUUUUUAAUUGCAAUAAGUGAAUAAAGUGAAAUACUCAAUUUUGAACUGAUUUAAUAAAA